GACAAACCAAGUCAUUGUUGUGGAAAUAUUUUGAAACAUUUCUACUGGUGUUUUAUAACGUUUAAUCAAUUUAUAUUCAUUUUCAGUCAUCAAUAUUAAUAAUAAAACGUUUUAUUACGCUCGGCUGGUGAAUUGAGCCCUAAAAUAUACCCUGUUGACGUAGAGCGGUACACAGUAUUUGCACGCUUGACCGCACAAUGUCACACAGAGACAGCAAGGUAGAGGGCAAUUACAUCGACGCGGAUUUCUCCUCCGGCGAUUCUAACCGACCGAAAACCAAACAGCUGUACCAGGAGGAAAACAAUAACGAAGUCAAUGAGCUGUCCAAGGAAUUGUCGGAGAUGGGUUGUAUUGUCGACGCGAUGAAACGGCCCCCUAACAUCUGCGUGGAGACAUGCGUCUAUGAUUCGGAGACGGAGGAAGAAAAGAGCAAGUCUAUCGAGGAAGAAGAGGAUGGAUAUUCUGACGAGUUUGAGGAGGACAAAAGCGAGGAGGAGGAGGAGUCGAUCAAAACGCAGCCCAAAUCCGCCAGUGAUAUUAGCAAGAGCCAGACUGUUCCGUCUUCCAUGAAAUUGUCUAAAAGUCAGUCUUCUAUGUCACAUAGGCCUCCAGGCUCGGUUACAGGGCGAUCUACGACUGAUUAUGGGUCAAUAUCAGUCCCGCCAACACGCAGAAUCAACAUGUCUUUCACAAACGAGAGGUUGCGCGAGAUCGAGAGGCACAACCACAUCCUGCUGACCAAGAUCCUCAGCGCGAGGAACAGCAGGAAGUCUUCCAUACCCCCACGGGAGCAAGCUUCGAGGAAGCCAGUACCUUCAGCGGCGGUGUCGAGAAAGAACCAGCAGCGGCAGAUCGAUCGCGACAACAUGAUCCUCCUGAAGAAGAUCCAGCGCGCCAAGUCGUCGGUGCCGAGCGUGCGCCGCUGAUGCCGCGCGCGUCCG